AUGUCGGCUUUCAGGUAUUCGGUUUCCCCAUCCGGUUCUUCGGACGAUGAUGGGUGGGGGUCAUCGAGGAAAAGUUCAAAAAAGAAAACUAGCAGCGGCAAUCCAAAAAAAGCCCGCUUGGAAAGUCGUCUGAGUGAUCCAGAAGAGGGUGAAAUUCCUAGUGACGCUUUUGACGAUGACGAAGACGAUGGGUUAGACGAUGACUUGUAUGGGGGUGAGGAAGAUAAACAACGCCUACUAAAAUUGAGUGAAAAGGAACGGGAAGAAGAACUUUAUCGUCGAAGCGAGCGGCGUGAGGCAAUGAAGAUUCGACGAGAUCUUAAAAAGCGCCUAAAAGAGAAAAAGGAAAGGGAAAAGGCCGAGCGCGCCAACCAAAAAUGCUCACCAGUUGGAGAGCCGUCCAAAGAUGUGCCUUUAAAAUCAACGAAAAAGAGUUCUGCAUACGCAAAUGUCUACAGUUCUGAUAGUGAUCAAGGAAGCAGUUCUGAAGUUGAGUCUGUGAAGUCUAGUUUAAAGAAAAGACGUCUCGAAUUGUCGAUGCAAAAGGAAAGUCGUUCAAAGCGCUUGCAGGAGCUUGCGGAUCGUCGCAAAGAAUUAAAAAAUAGGAAAGAAACCAGCAAUUAUGACUCUGAAGAUGAGCGAAAGGGUUCACAGUCGCGUCUCUCCAGUUAUUCCCGUUCAUCUUCUGCUCAAUCCAGCGAAUCGAGUGACGACGACCGUGGUCGCAGCAGAUCUCCGGAAGUUGAAUACAUUACAACGCUCGAACAGCUGUCCAAAAUCCGACUCUCUCGAUUUAAGCUGGAAAAAUGGGUCCAUAUCCCGUUCUUCGACACUGUGGCAAAAGGAUGCUUUGUGCGUAUCCACAUCGGUCUAUGUCAAGGAACUCCUGUAUAUCGAUGCGGAGAAAUUAUUGACGUUGUUGAGAUGGCUAAGCCCUAUGAUUUGGGUCAAACAAGAACAAACAAAGGAAUCGUUAUUCGACUGGGCAGGGAUCAGCACACUUUUCGUUUAGCAGUUGUGUCAAAUUCUGAAUUCCAACCUAUCGAAUUCGAAAGCUGGAAGAAGUACUCCAGCCAAGCCGGAAUUAAACCUCCCACAACGUCCUUCGUUGCUCAGAAGGCAGCUGAGAUCCACAAGUACCUGACAACCCCCAUAAGUGACGAGCGUGUCGUCGAACAGAUUAUUCAGUCCAAAAGACGCUUCCAAAAAGCUCCAACUAACUUCGCUUUGCGGAAGGCUGAGUUGUUGAAACAGCGUGAAUUGGCUAAUGAAAAUGGAGACACCGAGGCUACAAAGAGAAUUGACAUGGAACUUGAUGAGCUAGAGACCCAAGCCGAAAGAAUCGAACGCCGUCGAACUAUUGGAUUUAAAGCUAUUUCCUCGAUCAACCAGCGGAACCGUGCCCUUUCCUUGAAGCAAGCUGAAGAGGCGAUCAUGAAAGACGCCAGGGAUACAGCUAAUUCGCGUGAAGAGGACCCCUUCACGAGAAUCCAGUCCACACCUGUGAUCGCGACAAAAAGUUACUUAGAACGGCUCAGAAACAUGAGGAAUACUCAAUCCACCAACAAUACCGAGAAGGUGGAGGGUGCGGCCGAGAUUCAAGAGCAGUCCAAAACCGAAGCAAAACCAGAAAAUCGCAAGGUCGAUUCACCAUUAGCAGCUAGUUUGCCGCCACCCCCAGAGGAGUCGUUGCAUGCUAUUCAUGACUUUGAAAUCGACAUCAACGUUGAGCUGGAUGGCAAUAGCAACAGUACAAGCCUCGAUGGGCGCAGCAGUAAUGUUCACCGGCCUACUUCAAAUCCUCUUGUAUCUUCACACGGAUCUCCAAUGAGUAACGGUGCAGUGCAUACAAAGAACGACAAGCCGAACCGUCGCUUUCUCAAUUUACAGGAGUAUAAGCGACGCCGGGGUCUCAUCUGA